CCUUAGUCUAGGGCGCACCCGUCUCUAUGAGGCCCUCUUUUCCGCCGCCGUCGGUGCCGGUGCGAGAUGAAUGCGUGGAGCUAUCGCCGCUGAGGGUGUCUGGACCCGAAACUACUCCAGGGUCGGGCAUGGGGGUGACAGGGGGGUCAGGAGGCGGAGGGAUUUGUUUUUUCUCCGAGCGGCUGCGGUUGCCCCUCUGCUGUCUGGGCGUCUUCGUGUGCUACUUCUGGUACGGCGUCCUGCAAGAGACAAUUACAAGAGGCAAAUAUGGGGAAGGAGCAAAGCAGGAGAAAUUCAGAUAUGCUCUGUCUUUAGUCUUUAUUCAGUGUGUGAUCAAUGCCAUUUUCGCUAAGCUAUUGAUCCAGUUUUUUGACGCUGUCAAGGUGGACCGGACUCGGAAUUGGCUCUACGCAGCUUGCUCUCUCUCCUAUCUGGGAGCAAUGGUGUCCAGUAACUCAGCGCUUCAGUUUGUCAACUACCCAACUCAGGUCCUUGGAAAAUCCUGUAAACCCAUCCCAGUCAUGCUCCUGGGGGUGACAGUGCUGAGGAAGAAAUAUCCCCUGUCCAAAUACUUGUGUGUCUUGCUGAUUGUCACAGGCGUGGCCCUGUUCAUGUACAAGCCGAAAAGUGGAGGAAGUGUUGGGGAUGAGCAUGUAUUUGGGUAUGGGGAACUCCUGCUGUUGCUGUCUUUGACACUGGAUGGACUAACUGGGGUGUCUCAAGACCAUAUGAGAGCCUACUACCAGACCGGUUCCAAUCAUAUGAUGUUAAAUGUUAAUCUGUGGUCCACUUUGUUCCUGGGUGCUGGUAAGAACAUUCUUUUGGGUCUGCAGGGGAAAAAAAUCAUGCUAAUUUGAACUCAGUAAUUGUGAUCCAGAUCAUCAGGGGAGUAAUGGGAAGCUAUGCAUGUGUUACUUGUGAGAUUUGCCCCGUUCGACAGAGAAACUCUC